CGUGCGCGGCGCGAUGGCGGCGGGCAGCGGGCUGCGGGCGCCGGGCCUCGCCGCCCCCCCUCUCCUCCUCCUCUUCCUCCUCGUCUUCCUCCUGCUGCUGCUGCUGCCGCCGCCCGCGCUGCCCCGCGGGCCGCCCGGCGCCGCCGAGCGCCGCUGCUUCUGCCAGGUCACUGGUUAUUUAGAUGAUUGCACCUGUGAUGUAGAAACCAUUGAUGCCUUCAACAACUACAAGCUUUUUCCUAGACUGAAUGAACUUCUGGAAAGUAACUAUUUCAGAUACUACAAGGUAAACCUGAAGAAACCCUGUCCUUUUUGGAAUGACAACAGUCACUGUGGAAUAAGAGACUGUGCUGUAAAGCCUUGCCCAUCUAAUGAAGUCCCUGAUGGAAUUAGAUCUGGAAGUUAUAAGUAUUCAGAAGAAGCCAAUAACCUUGCUGAAGAAUGUGAAGAAGCUGAGAGACUUGGAGCAGUUGACGGGUCUUUGAGUGAGGAAACCCGGGAGGCUGUGCUUCGGUGGACACAGCAUGAUGACUCUUCAGAAAGCUUCUGCGAAGCUGAUGAUAUCCAUUCUCCUGAUGCAGAGUAUGUGGACUUACUGCUGAAUCCUGAGCGCUACACUGGCUACAAAGGACCAGAUGCCUGGAAGAUCUGGAAUAGCAUUUACGAAGAAAAUUGUUUUAAGCCCCAGACUGUAAAAAGACCUUUGGCAUCUGGUAGAGAUGAUGGAGGGCAUACUUUUUACAACUGGCUGAAAGGUGUCUGCAUAGAGAAACGAGCUUUCUACAGACUUAUUUCUGGUCUCCAUGCAAGCAUUAACAUUCAUUUGAGUGCUAGGUACCUUUUACAAGAUACGUGGUCAGAGAAGAAAUGGGGCCCCAAUGUUACAGAGUUCCAGCAGAGGUUCGAUGAAGUUCUCACCAGAGGGGAAGGUCCCAGGAGACUCAAGAACCUGUACUUCCUCUACCUGAUAGAGCUGCGGGCCCUGUCCAAAGCGUUGCCAUUCUUUGAGCGCCCAGAUUUCCAGCUGUACACAGGAAAUAAAAUCCACGAUGCAGAAAUCAAAAACCUGUUGCUGGAAACCCUCCAUCUGGCCAAGUCUUUCCCUCUGCAUUUUGAUGAAAACUCAUUUUUUGCAGGGAAUAAAAAAGAAGCUGCUAAACUAAAGGAGGAAUUUAGGCUACAUUUUAAGAAUAUUUCUAAAAUAAUGGAUUGCGUCGGCUGCUUCAAAUGUCGCCUCUGGGGGAAGUUGCAGACCCAGGGCUUGGGUACAGCACUGAAGGUUCUAUUUUCUGAAAACCUGAUAGAGAAGAUGCCUGAAAGUGGCCCUUCCUAUGGAUUCCAGCUGACAAGACAAGAAAUUGUUGCUUUAUUUAAUGCUUUUGGAAGGAUAUCAACAAGCGUUAAGGAAUUGGAAAACUUCAAGAACAUCUUACGAAAUAUGUAGUGAAUUUAUUUAAGAGAAAGACUUAAAGUUUUACCGUUCAGCUGUCCUGGGUUCUGUAAAAACAGGCAAACACCGUGGUUUUAUCACACUCCAAAAGACAAGGUGAAGACCACUGCUGGACCUUCUGAUCCCAACCAAUUGUCUAUAAUCUGCUGAUGCCAAAUACUUUGUACAAAAAAAAACGUUAUUUUUUUUACAAAGUGCAGGGACUACACGUAAAGUUUAUUUUAUAUAGUGGAAGAUAAUUUUGGGUAACUUCUUUAAAUAUUGCUAUGCUAUGUCAAUGGAUGAGAUUGAUCUCUGCCUUCAGAAGCUGGAGCUAGAGCUAAAAAUGUGAUACUGAACAAACGUGAGGAUGCAAAAUACAGCUGUGUGUUAGGGCACAUGCUUUU